AGUUUAAAUAAAAACCUUUUUCUUUCUCACUUUUAACUCAGUUCCCUCUCUUACACUCUCAAAACUGAAAAAUUAUCCUUCCUUCCUCUCUCACUUGCACGAACUCUAAGUUUUCAGACACCAAAGAGAGAUAGCAACAUUUUAUGUACCCUAUCAGAGCAAAUACAAUAGGAUCGUGAAAAGAAAAAAAAUCCUUAGAGAAUAAGAAAGAAAAUGGUAGCGGGUAAGGUGAGAGCGGCAAUGGGUUUACAGAAGCCAUCGCCAGGGAAUAAUAAUAGUAAUCCGAAAAGCGAAACGCCGCCGCCGCCGCAUCCUUCUCCAAGUUCCGGUAAAGUGUCGUCACAGAAAGCAGUAUUUUCACGGUCAUUUGGCGUAUACUUCCCACGCUCUUCCGCUCAAGUACAGCCACGUCCACCGGAUGUGACGGAACUCUUAAAGCUUGUAGAAGAGCUCCGUGACAGAGAAUGUCGGUUAAAAACAGAGCUUCUUGAGUUUAAGUUGUUAAAAGAAAGCGUUGCUAUUGUUCCUGUAUUAGAGAAUGAGAUUCUAGCGAAAAAUGCGGAGAUAGAGAAGGCGAUGAAGAGAAUAGAGUGUUUAGAGAGAGAAAACGAAAGAUUAUUAAGUGAAGCGGAAAUGAAGAUUAAUCAAGAGAAACAAGAGAGUGAAAGGAAAAUUAAGGCCUUGGAGAAUGAGAUUUCAGAGUUGAAGAAGACGGUGUCGGAUAGAGAAGGUGAAGAGCUUGUUUCUUCUUCUUCGCAGAGAUUUCAAGGGUUAAUGGAGGUCUCAACCAAGUCUAAUUUGAUUAGAAAUUUGAAAAAACUUAAUACUAAUAAUGGUAAUAAUAAUGCCAGUUCAAGUUCAUAUCAUCACGAGCCUCAAAAUAAUCAGCAAAAGUCUGAAAGUUUGGAUUUUAAAAGAGAGGAAGACGUAGAAAUAGAGAGACCGAGGCAUUCUAGGUGUAACUCGGAGGAACUCGCUGAGUCAACUCUGUUAAGAUCUCGAGUACCUAGGGUUCCUAAACCACCUCCUAAACGAUCAUCAUCAUCAACCUCCGUUUCCUCAUCAAAUGGUACCGAUCAAUCCGUUUCAGCUCCACCACCUCCUCCUCCGCCACCUCCGCCACCUCCAAGGCCAGCUGAGGCCAUCAAGAAGACUGCUCCUACACCGCCUCCACCUCCUCCUCCACCCAAGGGGACGAGAAUGGUGGCUGCCAAGGUCAGAAGAGUGCCGGAGGUGGUGGAGUUUUAUCACUCACUAAUGCGGAGAGAUUCGCGGAGGGAAUCCGGUGCCGGAGCGUCGGAUGUGUUAUCGGCAACUAGUAAUGCUCGUGACAUGAUAGGGGAGAUUGAGAAUAGGUCCACGCAUUUGCUUGCGAUAAAAACAGAUGUAGAAACACAAGGAGAUUUUAUCAGGUUUUUAAUCAAAGAAGUUGAGGAUGCUGCAUUUACAGACAUUGAAGAUGUGGUUCCUUUUGUUAAGUGGCUGGAUGAUGAGCUUUCUUAUCUAGUGGAUGAAAGAGCUGUUCUUAAGCACUUCAAUUGGCCAGAGCAGAAGGCAGAUGCACUGCGUGAAGCUGCAUUUGGUUAUUGUGAUCUCAAGAAAUUAGAAUCGGAGGCCUUGUUGUUCCGAGACGAUGCUCGACAGCCAUGUGGUCCUGCUCUCAAGAAAAUGCAGGCUUUGCUUGAAAAAUUAGAGCACGGUGUUUACAAUCUAUCAAGAAUGAGAGAAUCUGCUACAAACAGAUACAAGGGAUUUAAAAUUCCAAUGGGUUGGAUGCUUGAAACGGGAAUUGUAAGCCAGAUCAAGCUGGCUUCUGUAAAACUAGCAAUGAAGUAUAUGAAAAGAGUAUCUGCAGAGCUUGAAGAUGUUGGUGGUGGCCCGGAGGAAGAAGAGCUGAUAGUACAAGGUGUUAGAUUUGCCUUCCGUGUACAUCAGUUUGCUGGAGGAUUUGAUGUGGAAACAAUGAGGGCAUUCCAAGAACUAAGAGAUAAAGCCAGAUCAUGUCAUAUACAAUGCCAAAACCAGCAACAACAGAAACUGGUAUGCAGGUCUACACCUUGCUAAUCUGUAGCAAACUCAGCUUCAGAACUCAUGCCGCUAUUUGCUGUAAAGAUAGAACAUUAUGUUUGUUAAUACAAAUGGCUGCGGCCAUCUCUGAAUGAAGAUUUAUUCAUUUAUCAUUA